GACUGCAACGAUGGCAGCAUCUGCUGAUGUACACGUCCGAAUAUGUGAACAAGAAAUAAUCAAGUUUGAUUUAGAAUUAAAAGCUCUUAUUCAGGAUGUCAGUGAAUGCACAGGACCACAAAGCAAAUUGACAGAUUUAAAUCUUAUCGUGAAAGAGAAAUUCAACAAUCUAAGACAACGCAUUCAGGACCUGGAGCAGAUGGGAAAAGAACAGGACAAGGAGUCUGACAAGCUGAUGCUUCUCGUAAAAGUUGAAGGACAUCGAAAACAGAUGCUCGGUAAUCAGACAGCAUGGAGGAAAGCUAAUCUUGCCUGUAAACUGUCCAUUGAUAAGCUGGAGAAGGAAGAUUUAUUAAAUUCAGAGGACAUGUCGGUGAGACACAGAAAGAUGACAAAAGAGAGCCUGGCUCAGACCUCCACUGACAUAACAGAGAGUCUGAUGAGCAUCAGCCGGAUGAUGUCACAGCAGGUCCAGCAGAGCGAGGAGACUAUGGGCACAUUAGCAACAUCUUCCAGGACUGUGCUGGAAACUCAUGAAGAGUUUAAAGCCAUGACAGGAACUAUACAGCUGGGCAGAAAGCUCAUCAUUAAAUACAACCGACGGGAACUUACAGAUAAGCUGCUUAUUUUCCUCGCUCUCGCUCUCUUCCUGGCUACAGUCCUCUAUAUUCUGAAGAAAAGACUUUUUCCUUUCUUUUGAUUAAAUGGACCAAAAUAUAUACUUAUAGGGAAUGACCGUGAAAGGUAAGUGUUCUUAAAAAGAGAAAGAGAGAUGCACAUACAAACUGUAUAAUCUUUUCACUUUUCUUGUGAAACUCCAAUCAAAAUGUCAAUAUGGAUGGGUACGCAUUAUGUAGGUGUUAAGUUAUUUUGUACAAAAAUACAAUCAAAUAUUUAUGACAAUAUUAUUGUUAAAGGGGCUAUAUGUAAGAAUCUGUACAUAUUAGCUUUUUAUUUCAAAUGUAAAUUUAUUUCAAAUUUUUAUUCCAACUUAUCCAGCAUAUGUUUUACGCAGCGAAUGCCCUUCAAGCCGCAACCCAACACUGGGAAACACCCUUUAAUUAUAAUGAUAAAGAAUUAUAUAUUGAGCAUUAUAAUGCGUUAUUGUAUUGUAUAUUUAUUCAACAACAAAAAAAGUUGUUAGUCCUGUCACAGCAGAAAUGUUGUAAAAAGUUGCAAUAAAAUUAUUUUAAAAGAACAUCAGAUUUUGAGAAGCCUGAAAUUUUCAAA